GCCGCCUCCUCCUCCCACCAUGGCCCGGGCCCCCGGGCCCGCCGCCCCCCGCCCGCCGCCUCCCGCGCCCCGGGGGCUCAGCUGAUCCUGAAUUGGCGGGGGGUCGGCUGGCGGGACUGGAGGUCCCUCUCGAUCGCCGGCUUCGGGUGCGGACGCGUCGUCUCCGCGUCUCUAACCUGGACGACCCCCCGCGGCCGGGCCAGGUCCAUGCCAAGGGCUCCCAGCUCAGCGUGGACAUGGCUGAGAGCGCCUCCCCGCCCUCAUCUGCAGCAGCCCCGGCUGCCGAGCCGGGAGUCACCACGGAGCAGCCCGGGCCCCAGAGCCCCCCAUCCUCCCCACCAGGCCUGGAGGAGCCCCUGGAUGGAGCUGAUCCUCAUGUCCCACACCCAGACCUGGCGCCCGUUGCCUUCUUCUGCCUGCGACAGACCACCAGCCCCCGGAACUGGUGUAUCAAGAUGGUGUGCAACCCGUGGUUUGAAUGUGUCAGCAUGCUGGUGAUCCUGCUGAACUGCGUGACACUUGGCAUGUACCAGCCGUGCGACGACAUGGACUGCCUGUCUGACCGCUGCAAGAUCCUGCAGGUCUUUGAUGACUUCAUCUUUAUCUUCUUUGCCAUGGAGAUGGUGCUCAAGAUGGUGGCCCUGGGGAUUUUUGGCAAGAAGUGCUACCUCGGGGAUACAUGGAACCGCCUGGAUUUCUUCAUCGUCAUGGCAGGGAUGGUUGAGUACUCCCUGGACCUUCAGAACAUCAACCUGUCGGCCAUCCGCACUGUACGCGUCCUGAGGCCCCUCAAAGCCAUCAACCGCGUGCCCAGUAUGCGGAUCCUGGUGAACCUGCUCCUGGACACGCUGCCCAUGCUGGGGAAUGUCCUGCUGCUCUGCUUCUUUGUCUUCUUCAUCUUUGGCAUCAUAGGCGUGCAGCUCUGGGCUGGCCUGCUGCGUAACCGCUGCUUCCUGGAGGAGAAUUUCACCAUACAAGGGGAUGUGGCCUUGCCCCCAUACUACCAGCCGGAGGAGGACGAUGAGAUGCCCUUCAUCUGCUCCCUGUCGGGGGACAAUGGGAUCAUGGGCUGCCAUGAGAUCCCUCCGCUCAAGGAGCAGGGCCGUGAGUGCUGCCUGUCCAAGGACGACGUCUAUGACUUUGGGGCGGGGCGCCAGGACCUCAACGCCAGCGGCCUCUGUGUCAACUGGAACCGUUACUACAAUGUGUGCCGCACGGGCAGCGCCAACCCCCACAAGGGUGCCAUCAACUUUGACAACAUUGGUUACGCUUGGAUUGUCAUCUUCCAGGUGAUCACUCUGGAAGGCUGGGUGGAGAUCAUGUACUAUGUGAUGGAUGCUCACUCCUUCUACAACUUCAUCUACUUCAUCCUGCUUAUCAUAGUGGGCUCCUUCUUCAUGAUCAACCUGUGCCUCGUUGUCAUAGCGACCCAGUUCUCGGAGACCAAGCAACGGGAGCACCGGCUGAUGCUGGAACAGCGGCAGCGCUACCUGUCCUCCAGUACGGUGGCCAGCUACGCCGAGCCUGGCGACUGCUACGAGGAGAUCUUCCAGUAUGUCUGCCACAUCCUGCGCAAGGCCAAGCGCCGCGCCCUGGGCCUCUACCAGGCCCUGCAGAGCCGGCGCCAGGCUCUGGGCCCGGAGGCCCCGGCGCCCGCCAAACCUGGGCCCCAUGCCAAGGAGCCCCGGCACUACAAGCUGUGCCCGCGACAUAGCCCCCUGGACGCGACGCCCCACACCCUGGUGCAGCCCAUCCCCGCCACGCUGGCCUCUGACCCCGCCAGCUGCCCUUGCUGCCAACAUGAGGCCGGCCGGCGGCCCUCAGGCCUGGGCAGCACCGACUCGGGCCAGGAGGGUUCGGGCUCCGGGAGCUCUGCUGGUGGCGAGGACGAGGCAGAUGGGGACGGGACCCGGAGCAGCGAGGACAGAGCCUCCUCGGAACUGGGGAAGGAGGAGGAGGAGGAGCAGCAGGCGGAUGGGGCGGUCUGGCUGUGCGGGGACGUGUGGCGGGAGACGCGAGCCAAGCUGCGCGGCAUCGUGGACAGCAAGUACUUCAACCGGGGCAUCAUGAUGGCCAUCCUGGUCAACACCGUCAGCAUGGGCAUCGAGCACCACGAGCAGCCAGAGGAGCUGACCAACAUCCUGGAGAUCUGCAACGUGGUCUUCACCAGCAUGUUUGCCCUGGAGAUGAUCCUGAAGCUGGCGGCAUUUGGGCUCUUCGACUACCUGCGUAACCCCUACAACAUCUUCGAUAGCAUCAUUGUCAUCAUCAGCAUCUGGGAGAUAGUGGGGCAGGCGGACGGUGGGCUGUCGGUGCUGCGGACCUUCCGGCUGCUGCGCGUGCUGAAGCUGGUGCGCUUCAUGCCUGCCCUGCGGCGCCAGCUCGUGGUGCUCAUGAAGACCAUGGAUAACGUGGCCACCUUCUGCAUGCUGCUCAUGCUUUUCAUCUUCAUCUUCAGCAUCCUUGGGAUGCACAUUUUUGGCUGCAAGUUCAGCCUCCGCACGGACACUGGAGACACGGUCCCUGACAGGAAGAACUUCGACUCCCUGUUGUGGGCCAUCGUCACCGUGUUCCAGAUCCUCACCCAGGAGGACUGGAACGUCGUGCUCUACAACGGCAUGGCCUCCACCUCCCCCUGGGCCUCCCUCUACUUUGUCGCCCUCAUGACCUUCGGCAACUAUGUGCUCUUCAACCUGCUGGUGGCCAUCCUGGUGGAGGGCUUCCAGGCGGAGGGUGACGCCAAUCGCUCCUACUCGGACGACGACCAGAGCUCAUCCAAUAUGGAGGAAUUUGACAAGCUCCAGGAAGGCCUGGACAGCAGCGGAGAUCCCAAGCUCUUUCCAAUCCCCAUGACCCCCAAUGGGCACCUGGACCCCAGUCUCCCGCUGGGUGGGCACCUAGGUCCUGCUGGGGCUGCGGGACCUGCCCCCCGACUCUCACUGCAGCCGGACCCUAUGCUGGUGGCCCUGGGCUCCCGAAAGAGCAGCGUCAUGUCUCUGGGGAGGAUGAGCUAUGAUCAGCGCUCCCUGUCCAGCUCCCGGAGCUCCUACUACGGGCCGUGGGGCCGCAGCGGGGCCUGGGCCAGCCGCCGCUCCAGCUGGAAUAGCCUCAAGCACAAGCCGCCGUCGGCCGAGCAUGAGUCCCUGCUCUCCGCGGAGCGCGGCGGCGGCGCCCGGGUCUGCGAGGUUGCCGGGGACGAGGGGCUGCCACGGCCCGCACCCCUGCACGCCCCUCACGCCCCGCACGCCCACCACGCUCAUCACGGGCCCCAUCUGGCACACCGCCACCGCCACCACCGCCGGACACUGUCCCUUGACACCAGAGACUCGGUGGACCUGGCCGAGCUGGUGCCCACCGUGGGCGCCCACCCCCGGGCCGCUUGGAGGGCGGCGGGCCCGGCCCCCGGGCAUGAGGACUGCAAUGGCAGGAUGCCCAGCAUCGCCAAGGACGUCUUCACCAAGAUGGGCGACCGCCGGGAUCGCGGGGAGGAUGAGGAGGAGAUCGACUACACCCUGUGCUUCCGCGUCCGCAAGAUGAUCGACGUCUAUAAGCCCGACUGGUGCGAGGUCCGCGAAGACUGGUCUGUCUACCUCUUCUCUCCCGAGAACAGGUUCCGGGUCCUGUGUCAGACCAUUAUUGCCCACAAGCUCUUCGACUACGUUGUCCUGGCCUUCAUCUUUCUCAACUGCAUCACCAUCGCCUUGGAGCGGCCUCAGAUCGAGGCUGGCAGCACUGAACGCAUCUUUCUCACCGUGUCCAACUACAUCUUUACGGCCAUCUUCGUGGGCGAGAUGACACUGAAGGUGGUCUCGCUGGGCCUGUACUUCGGCGAGCAGGCGUACCUGCGCAGCAGCUGGAACGUGCUGGACGGCUUUCUUGUCUUCGUGUCCAUCAUCGACAUCGUGGUGUCCCUGGCCUCGGCUGGGGGAGCCAAAAUCCUGGGGGUCCUCCGAGUCUUGCGGCUCCUGCGCACCCUACGUCCCCUGCGUGUCAUCAGCCGGGCGCCGGGCCUGAAGCUGGUGGUGGAGACACUCAUCUCCUCCCUCAAGCCCAUCGGCAACAUCGUGCUCAUCUGCUGUGCCUUCUUCAUCAUCUUUGGCAUCCUAGGAGUUCAGCUCUUCAAGGGCAAGUUCUACCACUGUCUGGGCGUGGACACACGCAACAUCACCAACCGCUCGGACUGCAUGGCCGCCAACUACCGCUGGGUCCAUCACAAAUACAACUUCGACAACCUGGGCCAGGCUCUGAUGUCCCUCUUUGUCCUGGCAUCCAAGGAUGGUUGGGUGAACAUCAUGUACAAUGGACUGGAUGCUGUCGCUGUGGACCAGCAGCCUGUGACCAACCACAACCCCUGGAUGCUGCUGUACUUCAUCUCCUUCCUGCUCAUCGUCAGCUUCUUCGUGCUCAACAUGUUUGUGGGUGUCGUGGUGGAGAACUUCCACAAGUGCCGGCAGCACCAGGAGGCUGAAGAGGCACGGCGGCGGGAGGAGAAGCGGCUGCGGCGCCUGGAGAAGAAGCGCCGGAAGGCCCAGCGGCUGCCCUACUAUGCCACCUAUUGUCACACCCGACUACUCAUCCACUCUAUGUGCACCAGCCACUACCUGGACAUCUUCAUCACCUUCAUCAUCUGCCUCAACGUGGUCACCAUGUCCCUGGAGCACUACAAUCAGCCCACGUCCCUGGAGACAGCCCUCAAGUACUGCAACUAUAUGUUCACCACUGUUUUUGUGCUGGAGGCUGUGCUGAAGCUGGUGGCAUUUGGUCUGAGGCGCUUCUUCAAGGACCGAUGGAACCAGCUGGACCUGGCCAUUGUGCUACUGUCAGUCAUGGGCAUCACACUGGAGGAGAUAGAGAUUAAUGCAGCCCUGCCCAUCAACCCCACCAUCAUCCGCAUCAUGAGGGUUCUGCGCAUCGCCCGAGUGCUGAAGCUGUUGAAGAUGGCCACAGGGAUGCGGGCCCUGCUGGACACGGUGGUGCAAGCUUUGCCCCAGGUGGGCAACCUGGGCCUCCUCUUCAUGCUGCUCUUCUUCAUCUAUGCUGCCCUUGGGGUGGAGCUCUUCGGGAAGCUGGUCUGCAACGAUGAGAACCCAUGCGAGGGCAUGAGCCGGCAUGCCACCUUCGAGAACUUCGGCAUGGCCUUCCUCACGCUCUUCCAGGUCUCCACGGGUGACAACUGGAACGGGAUCAUGAAGGACACGCUGCGGGACUGCACCCAUGAUGAGCGCAGCUGCCUGAGCAGCCUGCAGUUUGUGUCGCCACUGUACUUCGUGAGCUUCGUGCUCACCGCGCAGUUCGUGCUCAUCAACGUGGUGGUGGCUGUGCUCAUGAAGCACCUGGACGACAGCAAUAAGGAGGCGCAGGAGGACGCCGAGAUGGAUGCCGAGCUCGAGCUGGAGAUGGCCCACGGCCUGGGCCCCGGCCCGAGGCUGCCUGCCGGCUCCCCGGGCGCCCCUGGCCGAGGGCCGGGAGGGGCGGGCGGCGGGGGCGACGCCGAGGGCGGCUUGUGCCGGCGCUGCUACUCGCCUGCCCAGGAGAACCUGUGGCUGGACAGCGUCUCUUUAAUCAUCAAGGACUCCUUGGAGGGGGAGCUGACCAUCAUCGACAACCUCUCGGGCUCCAUCUUCCACCACUACUCCUCGCCUGCCGGCUGCAAGAAAUGUCACCACGACAAGCAAGAGGUGCAGCUGGCUGAGACGGAGGCCUUCUCCCUGAACUCAGACAGGUCCUCGUCCAUCCUGCUGGGCGACGACCUGAGCCUUGAGGACCCCACAGCCUGCCCACCUGGCCCCAAAGACAGCAAGGGUGAGCUGGACCCACCUGAGCCCAUGUGUGUGAGAGACCUGGAUGAAUGCUUCUUCCCCUUGUCCUCUACGGCCGUCUCACCGGGUCCAGAGAACUUCCUGUGUGAGAUGGAGGAGAUCCCAUUCAACCCUGUCCAGUCCUGGCUGAAACAUGACAGCAGUCAAGCAGCACCCCCAAGUCCCUUCUCCCCGGAUGCCUCCAGCCCUCUCCUGCCCAUGCCAGCCGAGUUCUUCCACCCUGCAGUGUCUGCCAGUCAGAAAGGCCCAGAAAAGGGCACCGGCACUGGGACCCUCCCCAAGAUUGCGCUGCAGGGCUCCUGGGCAUCUCUGCGGUCACCAAGGGUCAACUGCACCCUCCUCCGGCAGGCCACCGGGAGCGACACGUCGCUGGACGCCAGCCCCAGCAGCUCCGCGGGCAGCCUGCAGACCACGCUGGAGGACAGCCUGACCCUGAGCGACAGCCCCCGGCGAGCCCUGGGGCCGCCCGCGCCUGCUCCGGGACCCCGGGCCGGCCUGUCCCCCGCCGCGCACCGCCGCCUGAGCCUGCGGGGCCGGGGCCUGUUCAGCCUGCGGGGGCUGCGGGCGCAUCAGCGCAGCCACAGCAGCGGGGGCUCCACCAGCCCGGGCUGCACCUACCACGACUCCAUGGACCCCUCGGACGAGGAGGGCCGCGGCGGCGCGGGCGGCGGGGGCGCGAGCAGCGAGCACUCGGAGACCCUCAGCAGCCUCUCGCUCACCUCCCUCUUCUGCCCGCCGCCCCCGCCGCCGCUCCCCGGCCUCACGCCCGCGAGGAAGUUCAGCAGCACCAGCAGCCUGGCCGCCCCCGGCCGCCCCCGCGCCGCCGCCCCGGCCCACGGCCUGGCCCGGAGCCCCUCGUGGGCCGCGGACCGCAGCAAGGACCCCCUGGGCCGGGCACCGCUGCCCAUGGGCCUGGGCCCCUUGGCGCCCCCGCCGCAACCGCUCCCCGGAGAGCUGGAGCCGGGAGACGCCGCCAGCAAGAGGAAGAGAUGAGGGUCGCAGGGGCCCCCGGCCGCCCACCGCCCGCCCCGUCUCACCUUUUUUACCUCAGGAGCCAGGAGCAGACAGCAAUACUUCGUCCACACCUGGGAUCGCGCAGGGCCCGCCGGGCACAGGCGCCCGUCAGCCGGGCUGAGCGGAGUCUGGGUUAGCCAGGCCUGCGUGGCCCAUGGUGGCCCUUCCAGUGCAUAUAUAUACAUAUAUAUAUGCGUAUAUAUACACACACACACACACAUAGACAGACAUAUAUAUAUAUAUUUAUUUUUUUUACUGAGAGCUUAUGACUUCCAGAAAGUGCUAAAGGUGGGAGGUGGGCCAGGGCCUGGACGGGGCUUUUGUCUGACGCUCUGGAAUUCAGGCCAGACCCACCCCAGGGCACAUGUCCUGCCGGGGCGUCGCAGCUGUGUUUUUUGAUGUCUCCUCCCGGGUUGAGAGUAGCUUGGAGAGGACCCUCAGGCCUCUGAGGGCACCAGGCCCGGGAGAAGAGGUGCAAUUCAGGGUGUGUUUUCUUUUUCUUUUUUUUCUUUUAAAGAAGAAACGCUGCUAAGAUCCCCCGUGGCUCCCACGCGUCGGGGUGUCUGUCCUGUCAUCCUGACCGUCUUGUUGUUGUGAAGUCUUUUGUAGACACCCCAGAGCACACACAUACCCUUAGUACACGGGUUAGAUGUCUCUUUAGAAAAAUCAGGGGUGAGUAGCUGUGUUUCCUUAGGACCGUGGUGGGGGGUGGAGGGCAGCUCCGAGGCUGGGCUGGGGCUCUGGCCCCAGGGGAGGUGCCAGCUCCUGAGUACUUCUGAGGGGGUGGGUUCCACCCCAGGAGGGUGGGGUUGGGUGGAGCAGGAGUGGAAGCCGCUUGGAGAUGCCAGGGUACCUGCCUGGUCUCGGCUGGCUCUGGCUGCCCUGCAGGUGCCCUUGGGCUCAGGCAGUUAGUUGUUCAGUCACUUAUGCCUUUUAUCCCCAAUAUGGGCCCUGAGCUGUGGCUGUCCCUGGACGCUGUGCUGUCCCCGUCCUGAGCAACUAUGCCCCCGCCCCAGUGGGUUCAAGGCAAAGCAGCUCUGACCGAAUUCUAGGCAGGGGUGGGGGCACCUGCCUGGGCCCUGGGUCCAGCCGCAUCCCCACGCCCAGCCUUUUGCGUCACCUGGAGGCCACAUUCUCCGACCCCACCUCCCCGCCCCUGUCUCUCCUCCCUGCCCCUGUCUCUCCUCCCCGCUGCCCCUAACUGCAGGUCAGCUUUCACUAUAGUAGUGCUUCCCAAACGGGUUAUAGAUGGGGGUGUUUGAUUUGAAGAGUUACGCAUUUAUUUCACUAUUUAUUAGAAAAAAAAAUACAUUGAACCCGUGAUUUCACAGAGAUUUUGCUUAGGUCAAGGCUACUUUUUAAAAAGGGAGUGACUUUCAUGAAGUCAGUUUGAAGGAGGAGGUUGGGAGCACGUUGGUGGCGGUGGUCUGGAGAGGCUGCAGAGGCCACGAGUUUGGAGCUGCUGUGCUUCAGCAAUAACCUUGCCUUUGUUAAGACCCCCCCUUUGCCUUUGCUAAGACCCCCUCUGAGGGCUUCAUGGGGGCCUGCUGAGGGGCAGCCUUGUCCUUUUUCCCAAACUCUGACUUGGAAGAACUCAGCUCGUGGCCAGGCUGGUGAGGGUGUGGGGUGCCCCUUGGAGGGGUUCUGGGUGUCUUCCAGGCUGGCACAGGGACCCUGGGGGAGGUGGUGGGCAAUGUGUGCUUUGUCACAUGCAGAGACCUUUUGGGCUGAGGGAGAGCGGUCCAGGAGGGGUUGUCAAGCCCACCUGGGAAACUGAGCCCCGGAGAGGGGAAGUGGCCAGCCCAGGAUCCUUCAGGGCCCUAGCAGCAAAGAAGCUGGGGUGGUGUGGAGGGCCCCACUCCAUACCCUAGGGCUGUGAUGCUGAGCAAGGUGCCUGCGGCGGGAGGAACUGCCCAGUCCUCCCUGCGGGGCAGGUAGACCUGUGAGGAUGGCUGGGUCCAAGCCCAAUGCUGACCCCUCCAAAGAGCCUCGGCCCUGCCUCCCUUUCCACGGAGGUGGUUUUAUGUGGAGCGAGCUACGUUGUCUGGGGAAGAAGUGUCUGGGUGGGCUUACCUGCUCCUGGCUGACCCUGAGCACGCGCAGUUGGAGGGAGGCAGACAGACUUGACUUUUUGCAAGUCCUUGUGUUGCUGGAGGGACAUGUGUGUUGGAGCCCAGAAGAGGGGCUGUGUGACCUGGGAAGACCAUGUGGAAGGUUGGGCUUCAAAUUGGCAGGAUCAGACGCCGGUCCAGCAGCCUUGGGUCAUCUUGUGACUCUGCUGAGCAUCCUUUCCUGCUGUUACAUGGGUUCAGAGCAGCUGCGUGGGGAACACAUCCUAGGCAGGUCUGAUGUGAAACCUCCCCUUGCCCUGAACCAUGUGGCUCUGGAACAAGCAGACACCUCGGGGCAGGUGUUCUAGGCAAAGGGAUGGGCAUGAGCGAAGGCUCCAGGGCCCACAGAGCGGGGCGUGUGGAGAAGUUAAAAGAGCUGAGCUCAGAGGCAGAGAAGCUCCUUGCAGGGAGCAGUGGGAGAUGGCCAGGCUCCUGGAGGCCCCACCUGCCGAUCCCAGACACUUGGCCUUGUUCUUGUGGGUGACAGAGAUGGGGAACCAGGGAAACUGUGAUCUACUGGCCAGCACAAGUCAGAAUGGGUGAGGGUUGGGCAAAGGGCCCUUCCUUCCUCCUCAACCCUGUGGUCUGGGGCCAUGGCCUCAGGCCUGUGUCUAUCACAAAAGCACAAAUUUGCCCUAACCCACAUGGGCCUGGCAGUGGGGAAGGUGGGGACGCAGGUCCCUGAGCUGUCUCUGCUGCUCCAUAGGGUGGUGAUGGGCAGGCACCUUGGCAUCUGUGCAGAGACAACCCAGUCUAGCCAAACCCUCUUUGUCUCCUCUGCUCUACCUUCUCCUGUACCAGGCAGCCCCUUAAAGGAGGACAAAGCGUGUAAAGCCCGUCUGCCUGUCUUCCCCCAUAUCCUCAGCUCGGAGCCUUCCGCUUCCAGGGCCAACCCCAGCCCCCUUUGCUGCGUUGUGUAAGGGCUUGGGGUCAUAAGAGCUGCUCUUUAGCCCAGAUACACAUACUCUUUUUUGUCUUUGUGCAAUAAUCCGUGUUCCUGGCAGAGCCUGGGCCAAGCUGCAGCCUACUGAGGAGGUAGAGGCCACCUCCUCCAGGAAGCCCUCGGCCUGGGCCGCCACCGUGACUCUAGCACUCUCAGUCGCUGUACAGUUUCUAUGGUGUGAAUGAACUUCCCUCCUAGUUGCUGAUGGCGCUGGUACCUGCUGGCCCAGAUGGCCCGGGUGUAGAGAAACCAAGCGGCAGCCACCACCAGUGUUGUUUUGAAUAAAAGCCCAGAAGCCUAUUUAAGAAUUU